UUAUAAGUCAACUGAUAAUGUUUUUUCUCCGCGGUGAGGGCGAGCGCCGCCCAUGUGAUUGCGUCAUACCGCCCGCUCGUCAGGUCCGCAUGACCCGAGCCCGGGUCAUUCGCGCUCGCAGCGCCGCCGAGAGCAGUCAGCCACUGAGCCGUGGGCUGAGCGCGGCGCUUCCUGCUUUUCGUGACGUGUCGUGUUUUUUUCGACACUGCUGCUGCUUGACAGCACUGGAGCUGACUUCGGACGGCUCAAAGGCCAGCUGUCUCAAACAGGAGGAAUGCCUUCGGUGUUGGGCGUCGUGCCAGGCGUUCCAGAGGGACCACUACAUCCGCGAGUACUGCAAACUCAACAAAGCCUGCUCCGCCGGGUGUCGACAGGCGUGUGACUUCUACCUGACCUCGGCGUCUGUCACCACGGAGCUGAACCCGGCCGUCCAGACAUCGACCGAGGCGGCGCCUGAGGCGACGACCACUGUGUCAGGGCCGAAAGUAACAUCCCCAGCAUCCGCGGACAGUGCGCAGGAGAGCCUUCUGUACGGCCCGCCUCCCUCGUUUCCCUCGGAGCCUCAUAAGAAGACGUCCAGCUCUGGCCUGCAGGACCACAAGGCUCGGUGGCGUCCGCUGCUCUCGUCCAUCGAGCCCGGCUCACCGCUGGUCUCUGCGACCCUGACCUGGCGGGCGCGCGGCCAGGACGCCUCCUACCUGGUGACCUGGGAGCUGCGCUCUGGCGGCCUGCGGGGCCACCUGGUCUCCGAGGAGCCCCGCGUCAGCCUGUCUCUGUGGCCGGACGAGGACUACGUGGUGCAGGUGUUCAACGGUGACGACGCCAGCGAGCCGCUGUUCGUCAGCACCAAGACGCCGCUGCCGGCGGAGAAGCUCGCGGCCCCGUCGGCAGCGACUCUCGCCGUCGGCGCCGUCGGGCUGGCGUGUCUGGCCGCCGCCGUGGUCGGCUGCUGCGCGCUGGCGUGCCACGAGCGGCGGCGGAGGAGUGCCGAGUACCUGCUGCCGCUGGAGGAGGGCCGCCGGGAGUGCCGCGUGAGGAACCUCCUGGCGAGGAACCGGACUGUGGACGGUGUCCUCCGACCACCGGGCAAGGCGGUGGCCGCGGCGCGGAUGGCGCCUCUCUUUGUGAUAUCACACGCGCGCCGGUGAGCGGACUGUGACUGUGACGUGGGCGCAGUGUGACGUUAACGUCACAUGGCGUCACGAGGCGUUACGAGCAAACCAAAGAUGAUGUGUUAUGGUAUUUAUCUGAGCAGAGGCUGUGAUGUUUGCGCGUUGUCGUUGUGUGUGGAGACUGUCUGACCCGGGAGAGCGGCGGUGUUGACUGUGGCUCCAGUUGUGCUGUUGACGGAUCGUGAGGCCGCAUCGGGCCGCGGUACUCUCGGACGCGAUCCGCCUGCCGCGCCUCGCAGGGAGUGGUGACCUCACUUCGGCAGGCCGUGCUAAUUCGAUAGCUGCCGAUGAUUUGGCAACUCCGACAGGUCGCCGGCCUCUGUCGUCUCAAAGUUGGGCCUGCCAAAAUCAAACAAAUGAUUCGCCUGAAUCAUCGAGCCUUGAAGGCGGCUGUCGCGAACUGUCACGUUCAUCCGUCCGUCAGCUCUCGUCAGUCGGCUCGAUGUCGGCCGGCUGAGCACGUCCGAUCACAAUGGGCCGCGCCGUCGCCGCCGCCUCCCGGGCCCGGGCGCCUUCACUGCAGUUGUACACAUUCAUCUUGUAAAUGUAUCGCAUUGUUUUAGUGGGAGCGGGACAGAGCGGCGCAUUGUUCUGUCGAUGGUGGGACCUUUCGACUACCCGUGCGCGGGCAGCCGCGGAGCGUCUUUAAUCAGUCAUAGCCCAAGAAUGGGCGAUGGCCAGUGUGCGUCUACGUGAACCGUGCUGCUGCAAAUACACGUGUAUGUAUAUGUCAAAGAACAUAA